AUGUCUUCGUGGCGACGUCCAUUUAGUCGCCGCUCAGCGGAGCAAUCCGAAAACAGUUCGGGUCCAGAAAGCAGUGGGCAGUCCACAGGGGACGUCAAAUUUGUUGGAGAGGCUGGCGGCAACGAUGCGCCUCCUACUUACCAAGAGGCUGGUGGUGCUCCAGUAGAGAGCAUUUCGCCUCUGGGGUAUGAUGUCGGCCCAAUUACCAUCUUGUUUUUGAACAUUAGCAUGAUGAUUGGUACUGGCGUCUACUCGACUCCAUCGGCGAUCCUGAAAGGCACGGGCUCCGUUGGGCUCAGCAUGAUAUUUUGGGUUCUUGGAGGCAUCAUAUCUCUGGCUAGUGCGGCAGUAUAUCUGGAGUACACAUCAUACUUUCCAAGCAGAUCCGGAUCGGAAGUUGUAUACCUUGAGCAAGCUUAUCCAAAGCCACGGUUCUUCUUUCCCACUACAUUCGCUAUUCAGAGAGUCAUACUGUCCUUUCGAAGCAGCAAUGCGAUCGGUAUACCAACUCUCCGCAACGAUCUACAGCAAGAUCAUGAAUCUAACCUUUUUGCAGUCCUUGCCAAUUAUCUUUUUGCCAUUAGUGGCACUGCCGGAACAGAUUGGCAAAUCAAAGGCGUCGCUCUGGCCGGCUACACUGUUGCCUUCUUGGCUGUGGUAUUCCACACUCGGGCUUCGUACCUAUUAUCCAAUACUAUAGGAGUAGUCAAACUUGUGACUCUUAUCUUCGUGGCCAUCACCGGAUUAGUCGUUCUUGGCGGCCACACCACAGUGCACAAUCCUACAGACAACUUCAAGAACGCUUUUGUGGGAGCUCCGACCCCUUAUGGUUUGACAAACGCACUCUACAGAAUCAUAUUCUCAUACGGUGGAUACAACAACGCCUUCAAUGUGGUCAACGAGAUCAAGAAUCCUGUAAAAAGCAUCAAGCGAAAUGGUACCCUUGCAAUUGUUGUAGUUACCAUACUAUACGUACUAGCCAACGUGGCAUACGUUGCUUCAGUUGGAAAAGAGAAUUUGGAGAACUCAGGGACAAUCGCAGCAAGCUUGUUCUUCACCGCAGUCUUCGGCUCCAGCAACGCGGUCCGGGGCCUGAAUUUUCUGAUUGCGUUGAGUUCUUUUGGAAACCUGAUCGCCGUGAUGCUGGGGGCUGCUCGUAUGCUACGUGAAUGCGGCAGGCAAGGCGUAUUGCCGUGGCCCAAACUUUGGGCCUCGACCCGGCCGUUUGGCACGCCGUUCGCCCCCUAUCUCUUGGACUGGGGACUGACCAUGAUCGUCAUUUUGGCAAUACCUACUGGUGAUGCGUUCAACUUCGUGAGCGAUCUUGCCGUAUUGCCAAACGCUGCCUUCAACCUGAUGAUGGCUAUUGGACUACUGAUUGUGCGCUGGAAGCGCAAGAAGGCAAAUUUGCCCAAGCCACAGUUUAAGGCUUGGCUCCCUGUUGUUAUGUUCAACAUCCUCGUGCAGCUGUACCUGGUCGUCAUGCCUUGGUACCCGCCCGCUGGCGGCAAGGGCGACGUUUCAUUCUGGUAUGGAACGUACGUCGUGACUGGGAUAGGAAUUCUCCUUGCUUGUGGAGUUUACUACUUUGUGUGGGUAAAGGUAAUUCCACAUUGGCGAGGGUACCGGCUGCGGCAGGAACUUAUCUCUCUCGAUGACGGCGCUCAGACGCACAAUCUCGUGAAGGUUCCUGUCGACGAGUUGGCCGAAUGGGACGCUACGCACGACUCCACUGGACGACAGACUACGCGAGAAUCCCUGACGGAACGGGGUGUCGAGAAAGAUAUUGUUGAGACUAAAGUAUCGCACACUGUGGUCUGA